AUGGAGGAAGACCUGGCGCAGUAUCUCUCCUCUACGCUCCAGCUGGAACUUCCCGAGCAUAUAGCCGGCGAUGCUCAGCUGAAACUCAACCGCGAGACAAUCGCGUUACUCGAGAGUACACCACAGUUUCGGGAUAUAUGGGAGGUUGUCCGGCGUUACGUCCGGCCAAGGGGUGAGGUCGAAGCGGUUAGGGAAGCAGUGAACAGCGCUAUCGAACAUGCUCCGACUACUAUCGGUGCCAGGGACGGUGUUUACAGCCGGUAUCUUAAUGCCCGGCGUGCACACGAGAAAGCUACAAAAACGCUGAAUACGGCAUCUUCGCACCUCUCUAUCUCGCUUUCUACCCUUCCAUCAGCACCCCAACAGGUUGGCGUCAGUCCCCAUGCAUCUCUGGCACAAGCACAUAGCAUACAUGCCCAGGUCGAGGGCUUGCUAGAGCGCGCCAAAGUAUUCCAACAACAUCUGAGAGCUUUGGUGGAGAGAGCACAGGUACACGUUGGAGCCGAGAAAACCCUGGAGGUGGUCAGGCAGGGAGACGCACAAGAGUUGGCUGCCAUAUUACCAAGGGAGACGAAGAAUGUUUUGAAGGCUUUGAAUUACGUCUCCAAGGCAGCUACACAAAAGCUCCAAGGAAGGCAGAAUAAUGAGGAAAGCGAAGUGGAGUUGGAGACAAAGCUGAGGAAUAUGGUUACGGAAGCAAGGAAGGAAGUCAUCCGACUUCGACGACAGGUACAUGGUGAUCGAGCGAAAGCUACGGAGAUGAUAGAGAAAGUAAGGGCGUUGCAAACGACUCUAUCCGAGGACGAGCAAGCGAAACGGAAAGUGUAUGCGCUCAGGGUCGCACGAGAAGAGCUGUUGUCAUUGAUCAGUGCUCUUCUGCCACCGGAAGAUGGUGUGGAUGUUGACAUGGAGGACGCCAGCGCUGUUGAUGAACUUAAUAAUCACGAAGCACGACAGCUGAUCGAAGGAAGAAUCGUAUACGCCCAAAAAAUGGUGAACGCCUACAUGCACCUCCGCCGCAACCUUACCUCCGCCUCCUCCAGCCUCUCAACGUCUCGCGAUCCCUUCACCAUCCCAGCGACAACAAUCCACGUCCCACCCUCCUACCUUCCAGUCCAGACUUCACCACCACCCAUCUCCGACCCAGAUCCAUCUUGGCAAACCCACCACUCCCUCUCCCUCCGCGCCCACACCUCCACCCGCCUCACCACCUCCCCCCAAACCCUAACUUCAACCCUGCACCACCGCGCCCUGGAGUCCGCACUUCUACAUCGAUACGAGACGCCUAUCCCACACAUCCAGGAUGCCGAAGCGGAUGAAUUGGCGAAGGCGUGGGAAGAUGCGGCUGAGAGUAGGAGGAGGGAGGUACUUGGGGAAGUGUCGGAGAGAGCGAGGGCGGUGGAGGGUAUUGUGGAGAGGGGAAGGGAGAGGGUGAGGCAGGUGCAAAGAGCGGGGGAGGAAGUUAGGGGUGUUGGAGGGUUGGGGAAGGGGCUGGUUACGUGA